UUUCAUUCACUCUUUCUUUUUGACGGUGACGUUGUUGUCAUCGCGUGUUUCAAUUUCAGUAAUUUUCAGUAUUUUUAUUAUGCCAUACAAACGCAAGAAGUAUCAUCAUGGUGAUACUCAUUUAGCACGUCGUUGGAGAGUUCGUAACAGGACGAAGGAUUUAGAUGAGAUAGACGUGGACUUGAAAGAAGAGAAUUCUGAGAAGCUCUUGAACCAGAGUGUGGACUUGGACCUUCCUGGAGCUGCACAGCAUUACUGCCUGCACUGUGCGCGCUACUUCAUUGAUGACAAAGCGUUGAAGGAUCACUUUAAGACGAAAGUGCACAAACGGCGACUAAAAGCACUAGAACUAGAGCCGUACAGCAUAGAGGAGUCGGAGCGGGCCGCUGGAUACGGCAAUUUCAAAAAAGCAGAGAAAAGAAAGAUUGUUACACAGAAUACUGAAAAGCCAGUAGCCACAGACCAGGACGGAGACACUGUGAUUGAAGAUAUUAGCCCCACAAAGAAGCAAAAGAUUGAUGAUGCUACGUAAAGCUAGACUAUUCAAUAAUAUUUUAAGUUUUAAAAAGUUGAAUGUUCGGCAUUCAGCUCUAUUUAUAAAUGGUUCUAAAG